GCACAUGAACACUAACGUUAAGUACAGUUUUGUUGCCUAUCGCAUUGGUUAACUGGAAGCGAACAAAGCGGACAACACCGCCACGAUAGUGGCUUUUUAAUAAUUUUGGUAGAUAGUUUAACAUUUGUUAAUCCUGUUGUGUUGAUCUAGUAAACCGCGGCUCAGGGCGGCAGCCCGGCCGCCAGUUUCGUUGACUGGCAUGGCAGACAAUGGCGAAAGCCGCAACGAGUCGGAGCCGCAAACCAUGGUAGAAGUUAAUGAAGAGCAGCAUGCCGAACCAGUACAGGACACCGAACAGGGCAACCGUCAGGAGGAGAAGCAGCAGCAGGGGGCCGAAGGCGGGGACGGCGGAGAGGAGCCAGCAGCUAAGAAGCCAAGGCUAUCCUCAGCACCAAAGUUUGCACCAAAGGAACUCCAGGCGCAGGGCCCGACUCCUACAAAGGCACAGCCGCGUUGGGGCAAUCAGACAAAUGUAAUGCCCCCGCCAAGGCACGGAAUGGGGCGGUGGCCUGUGCCGAUGCAACAGCAGCAGCAGCAGGCUGGGCAGCAGGUGCCGAAGGGAUCACAGCUUACCGUCGCUGAGAUUGCCACAGACAAGCUCACCAAGUUGGCAAGACGGAACUGGUCCAACGAAGCCCGGGCUCAGGACAAACCGCCGGAGUUCAAGCCUAAGCUCGUGCAGUCCAUCUAUCGCACGGAGCUGGGCGGCGGCAGCAGCCGGGGCCCCAGCCUGAGGCGCGUCAUGAUGCUGGAGGUGUCGCAGUACCUAGAGAACUACUUGUGGCCAAACUUUGACCCGGAGACGGCCUCCUUCGAGCACGUGAUGUCCAUCCUGCUCAUGAUCAACGAGAAGUUCAGGGAGGGAAUCCCGGCGUGGACCUGCUUCCACACGCGGGAGGACGCCUUCCCCGGCUUCUUCAGGCGGGUGGUGUCGCUGAAGGACGGGCGCGAGGAGGCGAUGCGCAUGCACGAGCGCACCGCCUACGUGCUCUUCAUGAUCCGUGCCUUCCAGUCUCUGGAGGACGAGAUGGUUCGCGGUCAGGUGCUGCGGGUGGUGUCGCUGCCGCUCUGGCACUCCCUGUCGCCGGGGCGGCUGCAGCUGGAGCUGCAUGCGCAUGAGGCGCUGGCCAAGCACUGGAAGGCAGCCGCCAAGAAGGAGGCCAAGGCAGCGGCCAAGAAGGCUAAGGCGGGCGACAAGGGCGGAGGGGAGGGUGCGGGUGGCGGGGGUUACGUGCCGGUGCCUCAGCGGCCCGAGGUGCGCUUCCUGCCGCAGCUGCUGGAGGAGUUUCUGGCGGUGAUGGACAAGGUGGUGGUGCCGCCCGUCGCGGAGGGCUGCUCUCCCUCCCUGGACCGCGGCGCGCUGCUCUACUGCGAGCGCUUCCUGGAGUUCCUGAUCGACCUGCUCUCGCAGCUGCCCACGCGCCGCUUCGUGCGCACUCUGCUGGACGACCGCGCACUGCUGGUCAAGUGCCGCAUGAGCAAGCUCUUCAAGUACAGCCCGCCGCCGCCGGGCGCGGCUGCUGCAGCGGAGGCAGCGGCGAAGGCUGCCAAGGCGGCUGCAGCGGCGGCUGCCAAGGCGGCGAGGGCGGCGGCGAGGGCUGGUGAGCAGCAGGGAGAGGGAGGCGAU